AUGGCCAUAUCAGCAGUGGCAUACCUGAAAACAGCAGACACGGAGGGAAACACUCAUAUCGGGUUCGUCAUGGGCAAAUCGAAGCUGGCUCCACAUCCUCCCCACACCAUCCCACGCUUAGAACUUUGUGCGGCUGUCUUGGCCACUGAAAUGGCAGACUUAAUCACUGAUGAACUGGACAUAGACAUCCACAAGGUCACAUUCUACACAGACAGUCGGAUUGUUUUGGGCUACAUUCACAACACAAGCAGAAGAUUCUAUGUAUAUGUAGCCAACAGAGUUGCCCGCAUCAGAAAGUCCACAAGCCCUGGACAGUGGCACUUCGUCAGCACAGAACACAACCCUGCAGACCACGGGACCCGCUCAGUGCCAGCCUCCAUGUUGAAAGAAACCAACUGGUUUAAAGGUCCGUCUUUCUUGUCCAGAGACUCCUGCCCCCCCCCAGAGACAUUUGAGCUGAUAGAACCUGAUACAGACAUAGAUGUACACACACAGCAGGUCACAGCUUUUGCAACCAAAUCCUUUGAAGGUGAGCUUAGUUCACACCGAUUUGAACGCUUGUCCAGCUGGAAGAUACUCAAUCGGGCUAUCACCAAGCUCAUACACAAGGCCAGAGCUCACACGAAAAGUCUGAACAGCAAGAUAGAUGCUCCGACACAAGCAAGACUGGUAAUCAUCAGAAAUGUCCAACACGACGUGUUUGCUGAAGAGGUGAAAUGUCUUUCCAGGGGUGAUGUCAUCUCCAAGUCUAGUCCCCUGAGAAAACUGAACCCAAUUCUGGAUGCAGAUGGCCUGCUGAGAGUUGGGGGGCGCAUCUCUUUGGCAGACAUUCCCUGGGAAGAGAAACACCCGAUCAUUGUUCCCAAGAAACACCAUGUAGCUACUUUAUUGGUGAGACAUUACCAUGAACAGGUGGCGCAUCAGGGGAGGCACCUGACGGAAGGUGCUGUACGUUCUGCUGGUCUGUGGCUGAUUGGAGGCAAAAGGCUGGUGACAAACAUCAUACAGAAAUGUGUAAUCUGUAACAAGCUAAGAGGAAGAAUGGAAGAACAAAAAAUGUCAAACUUACCUGCUGAACGACUCACGCCAGGUCCUCCAUUCACAAAUGUAGGAGUUGAUGUGUUUGGCCCAUGGAUCAUCAGCACAAGACGAACCCGAGGUGGCAUUGCAGAGAACAAGCGCUGGGCAGUUAUCUUUACCUGCCUAAUUACCAGAGCAGUGCAUAUUGAAGUGCUUGAAUCACUAUCCUCCUCAAGCUUUGUAAAUGCAUUGAGAAGAUUUACCGCUGUCCGUGGUCCUGUUCGUCUCUUCCGUUCUGAUCGAGGAACAAACUUCGUGGGGGCGUGCAAGGAGUUAAGAAUGAACUCUGAAGACCCUGAGCUGGCAACUUACCUUCAAAAUCAAGGCAGCAGGUGGAUCUUUAACCCUCCCCACUCCUCACACAUGGGUGGAGUGUGGGAGCGGAUGAUAGGAGUUGCUCGCAGAAUAUUGGAUGCACUGCUGCUUAAGGCAAAAACACUCCACCUGACUCAUGAGGUUCUGGUUACGUUCAUGUCUGAAGUCAUGGCCAUUAUGAAUGCCAGACCUCUGGUUCCUGUGUCUUCUGAUCCAGAUGCGCCCACUAUCCUGUCACCUGCCAUGCUCUUGACACAGAAAACUGAGCCAGUGUUGCCACCACCAGGAGAGUAUGACCUCAAAGACCUCUACAGAAAGCAGUGGAAGCAAGUCCAGGCUAUGGCUGAUGGAUUCUGGAAACGCUGGCGUCAAGAGUUCCUGGUGUCACUUCAACCAAGGCGAAAGUGGCAUGUGGAGAAGCCGAACCUGACUGAAGGAGAUGUCGUGCUUCUUAAAGAUGCACAAGUCAAAAGAAAUGAGUGGCCUGUAGGAGUGGUGGUGAACGCCAUUCCUAGCAAGACUCUAAAGUCCGCCAAGUAG